AUGGCCGAAGGCGACGACCCCGCCGCCUUCUCUGCCGCCACCGCAGCCGGUGGGCUGACCCACGUGGCCGCCGCCGCUGCCAUCUCGCCCGCAACCGAUGCCAUGCCGCCGCCCCCCGCCCGCCGGCCCGGAUUCGCGCCGCCCUGGCCGGUGGCCACCGCCCCGGCGGCGAAGCCGGCGAAGGGACGAGGCGGCGGAAAACGGCCGGCCAACCGCAGCCGCAACCCGACCGACAGUUCUACGCGGCCGGUGAAGGUCUCCAAGGUGGCCGCGACGGCUCGGGGCGACGACUCGCAGCCGGUGCGGCCGGCGGCCUCCUCCAACAGCCACACAUCCAUUCCUCAACCUCCCCCGCCGCCACCGCCGGCCGUGGAGGAAGAUGUGGCCACGCCGACGGCCACCGCCUCCAACAUGUUCGACGAAAUGUCGCAAAGUCUUGAUAAUGAAGCUUUCAUGCACGCGACAAAUGUGGCAAAUGAUGAUUAA